AUUAUUGUAAUUGUACUAGUGGCAUUUGGCAUCAAUACUCAACUAAGAGAUUGAAGACACAUCCUUUGAACUGAAAGCUCUUUUGGUUUCAGACGCACAAACAGGUUCACAUGCAGUUGCAGAUCCUCCAAUUCCUAAUUCCCUAAACUACGGCACCAUGGCCGAACCUGAUACCGAAACGCCUGAACAAACAAAUACCCAGAUAAGCAGUAACGCAGAAUGCACACCUGAACAACAACUUCAGAUUGUAGACAAAGCUAUUGAUCGCCCUGAGUGGUUACCUGAUGGGUGGACUGUGGAUAUCAGAACUCGCAAAACUGGUUCGCUUACGGGAUCUGGAUAUAAGUGUUACAUUGAACCAUUAAAUGGAUACACAUUCUACUCCAAACCUGCUGUAUUACGAUAUCUGGAACCUAAGGACAAUACAUGCAUUCCGAAGAAGAAGAAAGCGAAAUCCCCGGCCACAGGGUCCCCAAGCAUCGUUGCGAUUGAGAAAUCCAUUGCAGAGGAUCUACCACCUGGGUGGAUAAAAGAAGUAACAAUUAGAAAAAACCACAACGGCAUCAGGAAAGAUCCGGUAUAUAAAGAUCCAGUAAGUGGCCAUGCAUUCCGUUCCAAGAGGGAUGUACAGCGUUAUCUUGCAUCUGGGUAUAUUAGGCCUUCUAGAAAAAGAAUCCAGGAUGGAGACAAGUUAACUCCAUCACCUGCUGGUAAAAGACACAAACUGAAUGAGUCUGCACCUGAACAACAGCUUUCUGCUGGUGGAGCAACAUUUGAUAAAAGCAGCUUAGAACUGAUAGAUGACAACAGCUCAAGAAAAGGACAAGAUGUGAACAUCCAAUCUGGAAUGAUGAUGGUUGCUCCUAUUUCUGUUGUAAAGAUGCAUUCACUAGAGGAUGAUAGUGCUGAAGACCUUUCUGAAAUUGAAAAAAUGUCUGAUCCAGAUGAUAUGCAAGAGGAGCAUGUUGGGAAUAGGAUGAGAGAGGGGGAGUUCAAUGUGCAUCGCCAAUCUUCACCACAACUCCAUAAUAUGAGAGAGCUGCACAGUCCUUCCCAGGUUUUGAAGCAACUUGGUGGAUUUGAUGAUGACAUGAAGACGAAUAAUUCCAUAUCCUGUGAAAAGACCCCCAAACAAGGUCGCAAAAGGUCAAAAGUUGAUAUCAGUGCAGACUUGCAACAACGUGAGGGUGUGUCAGCUGCAGAGCUUGCAGAUUGUGCACCGCCAAAAAGAGAGUCAGCAAAUAAAAGACGGAAAUCUUAUAAAACCCCACCUAUUACAGGUGAUCAACUGGAGAAACUGAGAGGUAAAGAAAUGUAUGAUGAGAAAUCAGAACCCCAAGUGUCGUCGGCAUUCAACUACACUUCGUCUGACCCAAGCUUAGAAAAUGCAACUAAUAAUCUGCAGAGUAUGUUACUAGUUGAGAAUGGACCUAAUACUACUGGAAUCACUACAGUUCUUCAAACUGAUAUUCAAAAGAAAUCGGUUGACAGUGUUACUGGAAGAAGCGGGGAUGGAAACCCACAGGUACGUUCAAAUAAAUCCAAAAAGAAGAAAGAGCUUAAAGUGCCUAUGCGAGUAUCAAAGCGACUUGCUGGCCUUGAACCUGAGGUACAGCCUUCCGGAAGAGCUCUUGAAUAUGCCACUAGAAAAUCAAGAAAAGAACCACCACCUGCAACUGCUACUGAAAUUUCAAUUGAUGGGGCAUCUGACCAUCUUAACCUUGAGGAAGAAACCAAGCUUACAUGUCAUGCAUCUCAUAGUUUGAAAACAGAAGUACUAAGAGAAUCAUCAAACCAGAGUGAGAAGUCAUGCGAUGCCCCAACUGUUCCCAAGGAACAAUUGCAGAAAGUUAUUGAAGCUGAAAAUACCGGUGAUGAGAGAUCAGAGCUACAGCUUCCAGUGCCAUUCGGGGACUCUUGGUCAGAUCCAUGCCUAGAAUUUGCAUUCAAGACUCUUACUGACGAUGUGCUAUUUCAUCCUGCCACUGACAUUUUGCCUGUUAUAACUCCCGAUCUUAAUUACCUACCAAAUACUGAAUUGCAUGGGGUGAUGAUAACCAGUGAAGAAGCUCAUGAUAACUCAAACCAACCCCAGAGCAAGAAAGAGCUUAAUAUGGUUAAUCCCGCAGAACCAUUCCCAAGGCAACUAGAGAAUGCUCCUAAAUUUACAACUAGUGAACCUUAUGGUGAUGAAGGCUACACAAGGAAUUUAGCUGGAGAAUCUUUACAUAGUGAAGUUGGAAACGUAAUGCCACUCAUGCAUCAUACAGUGAUACACCAAGAGCCAUUGAAGGAAGGUGCACAGGUUCAUAAGGGUGAAUCCAUUAUAAUCGGGCCACCUCUGGUUGAAACUGGAACUGUAAACCAUGAUAACUCUAAGUCACAGUUCUGUGCCUCCUUUGCAAAUUCUUGGUCUGAUCCAUGCCUUGAAUUUGCAUUUAAGACUCUUACAGGUGCGACAUCAGCGGACAAUAAUUUACAGCAACCUCCAAAUUUCCAUAACCAGAUCGAUGGUGGCUCAUUGUUUCCUGACUUUGGAUCUUCCAGCUUUUCUCAGAGUAAUUUCUCAUUUUACCAUGACAUAGGAGUGAAUUCCAUGCCGGGGCAACAAUCAUCACGUAGCAAUCCAAUUCCACCCUUAGAAAAGGCGAGCCAGCGAGGUUAUCCUGAAGUUGAUCCUCAAAAUCAAUAUUCUCAGUUCCAGAAUCAUUUUCCAAGGUAAACUAGUAAAAGAUUUGAUGCAUGCCCCAGAAAUAUUGCUACUGAUUGUACUUUAUAGAUUGUCACCAUAUUUUCUUAGUUUUGAUGGUGACAUUUGUGAAUACAUUAUGAACAUAAGACCUAGUUUGGUUGGUGCUCUGCAUUGUUUCUGGAAAAUGUCUAGGCAGGUAGGUAGGUAAAGCAGGCAGGUUCCGAUCUUGUCAUCCUUCGCUAAGCUAUCUAACUAUUGUAUCUAUGUUGUAUUGUGUAGUAUUGUUUACUUCUCCUA